UGUGAGUCAAUACAAAGACUAUAUGCUUCACUGAGUACGUACGCAUCGGACGCACUAAUAACGCACUAAUAACGCACUGUAGUUCAGUAGUUUUUUGACAGUUUAUACUUCUUUACAAGUUUUACAUAUAUCAACGUUUAUCUUUGAUUUACAAGUGUUAAUCAAAAUCAUACAAAAUGUCUUUCUAUCCAACUCUGGAAGAUAUGAAGGUGGAUCAUAUGAUGAAAGCUCAAAUGCAAGCGGAAUCCCAAUAUUUUGCUCCAUCACCUUCUAUUUUACCUGAACCUGUGGCACCUUCUGCUCCUGCUUAUGAUCCUUCUCCAUCUGGCCCUAUAUAUCCUUCUUUAGGAGAUUAUAUGGGUUUGGAGUUAAAUAAUCAGAUGAUUCCGAACAAUUUACUUGAAUAUUCUGUUUUUACCCCAACAAAUAGGACAGGAACACUUGCAGAAACAUCCAGAGUAUUAACUGGUAUGGUAGCACCACUUUCUGGAGAAUCUUUGGGUCUGCAACGAGCACAUGUUACAAAUGGAAUUAGAGAGUUAAUAUUAUGCAAAGAUAAAGAUGGAAAAGUGGGCCUAAGAGUACAUUCAGUAAAUAAUGGUAUCUUUGUAUGUCUUGUGAGUCAAGAAUCUCCAGCUGCACUUGCAGGGUUGCGUUUUGGUGAUCAAAUUUUAAGUAUUAAUGAUGAAUGUAUAGCUGGUUAUACAAUGGACCAAGUGCACAAACUAUUUCGUAAUGCUGAUGUUAAUGGUAUUAGAGUUGUUGUGCGUGAUAGGCCAUUUGAACGUGCUGUAACUAUGCACAAGGAUAGUUCUGGCUGCAUUGGAUUUCAAUUUAAAAAUGGAAAAAUAAUUGCAUUGGUAAAAGAUUCUUCAGCUGCACGAAAUGGAUUAUUAAUUGAUCAUCAAAUAUUAGAGAUUAACGGCAAAAAUGUGGUUGGGUUGAAGGACAAACAAAUUACAACAGAAAUAGAAAAUGGUGGAAAUCUUAUUACAGUUACUGUAAUUCCAUCAUAUAUUUAUGAUCAUAUGGUUAAAAAAAUGUCAAGCAGUUUAUUAAAAUCAUUAAUGGAUCAUUCUGUACCAGGUGUAUGAAGAACUACAACCUUCAAAUUAAAAAAUCUACUCUUUGGUUACAUUCUAUAUUUUAUGAGAAGCUACAUAUAUCAAGAUAAUCUUAAUAUGUUAUUAUCAUAACAUGUAUGAUAAGUAUUCUAUAGAUACUUCACUACUGCACAAAAUUUUCUUAUUAUAUAGUACUGAUGCAGCACAUAUAAUAUAUUAAUUCUCAUUAAUAUAUGCAUAUGUUGAAUGAUUUUAAGAUAUAAAAAAAACAAGAAGGUAAGAUAUUAAUAGGGCACAUAAAAAUGUUUAAUUUCAAUAUUUUUAUUUUAUGUAAUAAUAGUACUUUCAUUUAAUGUGUGUAAUUGUUGAAUAAUUUGAUUAUUUUAUUACGUAUUUAUUGUUUAUAUAAUGUUUAAAACAUGAAAAAUACAAUAGCAAUGAAGAUCGCUAUAUACAUUUAUAUUUUAAAAUGUAGAUGGAAUGCUGCAUUCAUUUAUGUUUAUUAAUAAUAUUUUUUACUAGAAGAUUGUUAUUUUUAUUAACAUUCAUAGAAAAGAAAGUCAAAUAUGUAAUAAAAAUAGCAAUUUAAAUUGGCUUAGUGCUUAAUAUAGUUACAUAUGAGCUACAUAUAGAAAUAUGCUCAUGUUAUUAUGUUACUGUUGCGUGAGAGAACUUAAAUAACCAAUGAUGUCUACAUGA